AUUUAUUGUAGCUGAGGCAAGCCAGCAGCACUCUGAGAAUACAUUUGUUCCAGAUUAUACAGAGUACAUUGUUAAAUUCCAGGUUAGCUUUGGUCAUCUGACUUUCACAUGGAAAACAUUUGACACAUGAACCUGAACAUGUCUGACAUUUUUUAUUCCCUAGUGGAGAGACAGCCAGCAGGAAAAGAUAUUGUGUUCUUGUUGGAUGGAUCUGAUGGUACUAGAACUGGCUUCCCAGCUGUGAAAGACUUUGUCCAAAGAGUUGUAGAGACACUCAGUGUGGAUGACAACAAAGACCGUGUCUCAGUGGUUCAGUACAGCAAAGAGCCAGCUGCCCAAUUCUAUCUGAACACGUACACCACAAAAGGCGACAUCCUUGACACUGUCAGAGGAUUGAGGCACAAAGGUGGAAGACCCCUCAACACUGGAGCAGCUCUCCAGUACUUGAGGGAUAAUGUCUUCACGGCCUCUGCUGGAAGCAGGCUCCAGGAAGGAGUCCCACAGGUCCUAGUUUUGAUAAGUGGUGGAAGGUCUUUUGACAGUGUUGAUGCACCAGCCUCUGCUCUCAAAGAGCUGGGUGUCUUGACCUUUGCAAUUGGAACCAGGAGUGCUGAUAGCAAAGAACUGCAGAAGAUAUCCCACGACCCCAGCUAUGCACUAACUGUGUCUGAAUUCACUGACCUUCCCAAUGUCCAACAACAACUUCAGUCCUCCGUGGAGGCUGUGGUUAUCGAGGUCUCCCCAGAAUCACCACCUGUUCCUGUCGAUACUGCCAAAAAGGAUAUCGUUUUCCUCCUGGAUGGUUCUGAUGGCACACGGAAUGGCUUCCCUGCCAUGCUUGAUUUUGUUAAGAGAGUGGUGGAGAAAUUGAAUGUAGGACCUAACAAUGACCGUGUCUCUGUGGUCCAAUACAGCAGAGAUGCAGAGAUCCAUUUCUAUCUGAACACAUACACCACAAGACAGGAUAUUUUGGAUACAGUCAGAGGGCUGAGACAUAGAGGAGGCAGACCCCUCAACACCGGGGCGGCCCUCCAAUACGUCAGGGACAACGCCUUUACAAACUCCUCCGGGAGCAGGCGCCUGCAAGGUGUUCCACAAAUGUUGAUCCUGCUAAAUGGUGGAAGGUCUUUUGACAAUGUAGAUACCCCAGCCUCUGCUCUCAAACAGCAGGGUGUCUAUGUGAUAGGCAUUGGCACAAGGAACUCUGACACUAGGGAGCUGCAGAAGAUAUCAUAUGACCCUAGUUCUGCUCUAUCAGUGUCUGAUUUCACUGACCUCCCCAGUGCCCAGGAACAGCUCUCCUCUGUAAUGAACACAGUGCUAACCAGGGCCACGCCCAUCACACCAACAAAAGCUGGUAAGAAAGUGACAGAUUUUUAUUUUCCAAGGUCAUGGUAGGAUGCAAAUUGAACAGUAUGACAGUGUAUUUAUUGUAGCUGAGGCAAGCCAGCAGCACUCUGAGAAUACAUUUGUUCCAGAUUAUACAGAGUACAUUGUUAAAUUCCAGGUUAGCUUUGGUCAUCUGACUUUCACAUGGAAAACAUUUGACACAUGAACCUGAACAUGUCUGACAUUUUUUAUUCCCUAGUGGAGAGACAGCCAGCAGGAAAAGAUAUUGUGUUCUUGUUGGAUGGAUCUGAUGGUACUAGAACUGGCUUCCCAGCUGUGAAAGACUUUGUCCAAAGAGUUGUAGAGACACUCAGUGUGGAUGACAACAAAGACCGUGUCUCAGUGGUUCAGUACAGCAAAGAGCCAGCUGCCCAAUUCUAUCUGAACACGUACACCACAAAAGGCGACAUCCUUGACACUG